GAUAAAACAAGUUAGGGUUAAUUUUGGUCAAGGGAGGGGUAGGUGCGCAGUUUCUAAGAAACUGACAUUGAUCCGCAGCUCUUUUCACAAUGUUUGGAAAUCAGACAAAGCCAUCUGUUGUGUCUUGACAAAUUAUCUCUGAUGGUCAGGUGGUUACAAGGGUUUUGGAUUAGCCAUGAUGGUGGAUGUCUUUUGUGGGAUUUUAUCGGGAUCUGCUUUUGGAACAGACAUCAAACGCUGGAAGGGACAAGAAGAGAGAAUACAUAAUUUGGGUCAUUGUUUCAUAGCAGUUAAUCCUAAAGUAUAUACUGACGGAUUUGAGGACCGUAUGCAAGCUUCGAUGGAUCAGUACAGAAAUUUAGAACCGGCAGAAGGUGAGACCGCGGUUUUCGUGGCUGGAGAUCCUGAAAGAGAACACAUGCGAAAAGUUGGUCAAGAUGGGGGCAUUCAUUACCACGAAAAUGUGCUGAAAUCCAUGGUUAGCUCGUUGAUAAGUUUGAAAAUUUUUACUGCGAGAAGAGAAGAAGCAAAGAAACAUUUAAAUAUGCUCCGCGAUUCGCUAAAAAGUAAGCCUUACCCUCGCGUAAUGGCGUUUGACGUGGAAACCUAUGAAUACGACAAAGUUACCGUCCUUGAAGUUGGCUACGUCAUCGCAAAAAUUGACAAGCCGGAAGAGCAGGAGACGUUCCAUUACAUUAUCGAGGAGAAUCUCCACUUUUCAAACAAAGAUUUUGUCCCUGACAACCGGGAGCGAUUCAAGUUUGGUACCUCAAAGCGUGUGUCUCUUGUGGAGGCUGCAGAAAAGUUCCAGAAGCAUAUCGCGGACAUAGAUUUCUUGGUGACCCACGCUGGCCAUAAUGAUGAACAGUACCUUGCAGGAUGUGGAAUAUCUUUAACAGGAAAAGAGAUAUUUGAUACGCAGAUGCUGGCAAUGGCUUUGCUGACUGGUGGUCCUCAGACUUACAGCCUCAAACGAUUGCUGGGUGACCUGGCGAUCGAGUAUGACGAAGAAGUUUUACACAACGCAGGGAAUGAUGCAGUUUACACAUUGAAGGCGUUCCUCGGUCUCUACAAAAAGAAUUAG